AUGGGAGGCUGUGUAUCACUACAGUUAUCAUGUGAUGAAGCGUUGAAUCAAGCCUGCUGCUGCUUAUUUGGUGAUGGAAAUUACAUUCACAUGUUGAACGCUAAUCUCGAGGCUCUAGAGGAAGCUACGCAAGAACUUGAAGAAACGCGAGCUGAUUUGUUAAGAAGAGUUGCCAUAGAAGUCCAAGGAUGGUUUUCAAGGGUACAAGAUAUGGAGUCUCAGGUGAAAGAUCUGCUCAAGGCUAAAUCAACUGAGACUAGAAGCUUGUGUCUGUUUGGAUAUUGUUCUAAGACGUGCAUAUCAAGCUACAAGUAUGGAAAAAAGGUAUUUAAGAAGUUGAAAGAGGUUAAAGAGCUUCUAUCUAAAGGAGUUUUUGAAGUGGUCGCAGAAAAAGCUCCUGUACCAAAGGUGGGGAUGCAGCAUAUCCAAACCACAGUUGGUUUGGAUUUCAUGGUGGAAAAGGCAUGGACCAGCAUCAUGAACGGUGAACGGAAAAUUUUAGGUCUCUAUGGUAUGGGGGGAGUUGGCAAAACCACUCUCCUAGCUCGUAUCAACAACAACUUCAUGAAUGAAUUUGAUGUUGUGAUAUGGGUUGUGGUCUCUAAAGAUUUGCAAAUUGGGAGCAUUCAGAAUCAGGUUAUUGGAAGAUUACGUGUUGAUGACGAAUGGGAAGGAGAAGCAGAAGAGAAGAAAGCCUCUUCCAUAUACAAGAUCCUUAAGAAAAAGAAAUUUGUUCUGUUAUUAGAUGAUCUAUGGAGCGAGGUAGAUCUAAACAAGAUUGGAGUUCCACCUCCUACUCGAGCCAAUGGAUCCAAGAUAGUGUUCACCACUCGUUCGAAGGAAGUUUGCAAAGACAUGAAAGCUGACGAUGAGCUGAAAGUUGAGUGUUUGUCAGCGGAAGAUGCGUGGGAACUGUUUCGAAAUAGAGUUGGAGAAGUCCCGUUAACGCGCCAUCAAGAUAUUCCUUCACUUGCAAGAAAGGUUGCUGAGAAAUGUUGUGGCCUGCCACUUGCACUUAAUGUUAUUGGAAAAACAAUGGCAUCUAAAGAGAAUGUACACGAAUGGCGUCAUGCCAUUGAUGUUCUCAAUACGUCUAGCCACGAGUUUCCAGGUAUGGAAGAAAAGAUUCUUUCCAUUUUGAAGUUUAGUUAUGAUGGUUUAGGAGACGAACAUGUCAAAGCAGGCUUCCUAUAUUGUUCUUUGUUCCCGGAAGAUUUUGAAAUAGACAAGGAGGUGUUGAUAGACUAUUGGAUAGGGGAAGGAUUUAUAAAUGGAAACAGAGAUGAAGAUGGAAGUAAUAACCAAGGUCAUGCUAUAAUUGGUUCAUUAGUUCGUGCUCAUCUAUUGGUGGAAAUAGAGAUGAAGAUGGAUCUUACCGAAGAACUCACAUAUAAGGUGAAAAUGCAUGAUGUUAUACGUGAGAUGGCUCUUUGGAUAGGGUCUAACUUUGGAAAAGAAGAAGAAAGAUUGUGUGCCAAAUCCGGUACACAGUUACGGUGUAUACCAAACGACAUCAACUGGAAAGUUGUGAGAAGAAUCUCUUUGAUGAGUAAUCAAAUUAAAGAGAUAUCUUGUUGUCCUUCUGAAUGCUCCAACCUUUCGACCGUUUUACUUCGUAACAACAAGCUGAAGGCGAUUUCAGGUGAAUUCUUUCAGUUUAUGAGAGCCCUUGUCGUCUUGGAUCUUUCGGAGAACAAGGAUCUUCAUAGAUUGCCGAAUGACAUUUCCAGCUUGAGUUCCUUGCAAUACCUCAAUUUAUCAUCUACAGGGAUAAGAUCGUUACCAGUUGGUUUGAAGGGGUUGGGGAAGCUAAUAAGCUUGGACCUAGAGUAUACUCGUUUCCUUAAAAACACUUAUGGGGUAGUAAGUGGCUUACUAAAUCUUCAAGUGUUGAAAGUAUAUGGUUCACCGUUUUAUAUUGAUGCAACAUUAAUGGAAGAGCUACGGCUGUUAAAGCAGUUGAAGAUAUUAACAGCAACUGUAAAAGAUGCUUUGGUUUUGGAAAGUAUCCUAGGAGUGGAGCGAUUGGCCAGAAGUGUUCGAUAUUUACAUCUAGAAGAUAUGUCAGCAGAGGUUGUGAUAUUAAAUACGGUAGCUAUGAGUGGUCUUCAACGCCUUGAUAUUUGGAACUGCAACAUCUCGGAGAUAAAGAUAGAUUGGGAAAGCAAAGAAAGAGAAGAGCUUCAUUGUACAAGCUCUCCAGGCUUCAAGCACCUUUCCAGUGUUUUGAUAGAUGGUUUGCAAGGUCCAAAGGACUUGACCUGGCUGCUGUUCACUCAAAAUCUCAGGUAUUUAAGUGUAUGGAAUUCAGAAAGCAUAGAGGAAAUAAUAAAUAGGGAGGAAGGAAUGAGUAUUAGCAAUGUGUAUCCACAUCUUUCUGUUCCUUUUGGAAAGCUAGGAUCCCUUGAUCUGAGGAACUUGUCUGAAUUGAAGAGUGUUUGCUCGGAGGAGAUUCUUCCAAACCUGAGAAAAUUUGAUGUCCUCGCAUGCCCAAAGCUGCUCAGAGCUGCUAGAGGGUUUUUUUUAUGGGGUUGA